CCCAAGUUCAAGCACACACUCAUUCACUCACAAACUAGUUCAAGCACACACUCAUUCGCUCACAAACUAGCAAGCUUUUCCCUUACAUAAAUUCUUCUACCAAAUCUGCAUUAUACCAAUUAGCAUUUCUCCAGCCUUGAAUAUUGAUUAGCCUUUUUUGCAUUAUACACGAAAUGGAGAGGGUGACAAAGAUGGUAUCAGAGAGGCCAGUGGUGAUCUUCAGCAAGAGCUCAUGCUGCAUCAGCCACAGCAUCAAGACCCUGUUAUGUGACUUUGGGGUGAAUCCUGCAGUUUAUGAACUUGAUGAGAUAUCUAGAGGGAGAGACAUUGAGCAAGCUCUUUCAAGGCUAGGAUGCAACCCUUCUGUGCCGGCCGUGUUUAUCGGCGGUGAGCUUGUGGGAGGAGCUAAAGAAGUGAUGAGCCUUCACCUUAACCGGUCCUUGAUUCCAAUGCUUAAGAAUGCUGGAGCUCUUUGGGUUUGAUCAUGAAUAGUUCUUGACAUUUUCAUGGAUCACUCAGCCGCACAUAUAUAAUCACUUUAAUUUGUUGAGGUUAUAUGUAGAGAGGCUUAUGCAUCUAUAUAUUGUCAGCUUAGAGUUUAAGGUACGAGACGCAAUAAUGAGGCCAACUUACUUAACUGAUCGAGGUGCAUGCACUUUAGCCCCCCACCCCCCUUUUAAUGUAAUAUCUUUUUUGAUAAUCAUAAUAAAGAGCUUUGCUAUACAAUGCGACUAAUUAAGAGCUAGGGGACAUGUGGGUUGGGUGGGGGAGGUCCAGGGAUCAAUCUUUGGAGGGUGCAAUUUAUUUUUCCGAUGUAUUAAAAAAAUUAA